AUGGGCAGAGCCAGUGAGAGUACAUAUUUUCGUGUCACCAUCCUUCAGAUCGAUAGUUCCUUCAGUACCACCGGACGCAGCAUGCAUGCAGCCGAAAACCAUAACAAUAUUCCUAACAUUACACCACCGCAGGUUUGCGUUCUUGACGGAUAUGGGUUGAUUCUGAUUUUUGUUCUUCACGCGGAUAACGACAUUGCGCUUCAGCCACGAUCUCAGGGAUUUUCCCGUUACCCUGGAGUGGAAGCUCUCCCGGAACCAUCUGGCAAAAUUUAA